AUGUCUUCAAUGUACACGGAGCGAUAUACUGAUUACGAUCGAGGCCGUUCAGGCCAUUCUCAUAGAGGUCCUAGCCCUUAUGAACGGUCAAUGUCGCGGUCUUCAGGCUAUUCCUAUCGUUCCCACAGUCGUGGCUCUUAUUCUUCAGCAUCGCCAUCUUCACGUUCCAUCUCGCGUUCUCCUGAAAGGGCCCAAACUACCGUCUUUGUAGAGAAUUUAACCCGGAAUGUUACGCGUGAGCAUAUCGCAGAAAUAUUUGGAAUUUAUGGUAGAGUAAAUUCAAUUCAUAUGCCUCUCUACAGAAAAUCUAAAACAAACAUGGGUUUCUGUUAUAUUGAUUAUUCUUAUCCAAAUCAGGCUGCGAAUGCUGUUGAUAAAAUGAACAACGGUGAACUAGACGGCGAGGAGUUGUUUCUUUCCCUGAAGCGACCCGAGAGAAGAAAUGACAGGAAAAGAUUUUCCAAAGUUUCAGACAAUUCUUACCGCCCAAAUCGGUUUGACAAUGAUCUGCGCUACAGAAGGGGCAGAAGCCCUUCUUCACGUUCUCCAAGAAGUCUAAGUCGAAAUCACAGUAGAGAUUCUAUGGACUUUUCUUACUCUGGAAACAGACGUUAG